AUGGCGCUGUUAGGAGCUCAGCUAGUCAUAACCCUUAUUAUGGUAUCUGUUAUACAAAAACUCGGAAGCUAUUCAUUUGCAAGAUGGUUGCUAUGUUCGCAAGGGUUAUUUCGAUAUCUUUAUCCAGACAAUACAGAAUUAAAGAAUUUGGCGGGAGUCCCAAAGGACAAACUUAAGGGAAAAAGAGUUAGUAAAAAUGAUGCGAAUGGCAAGCCGGAGACGUUUCAUGUGCCUAGAAAUUUGGAUAUACAGCUAGAGACAACACCUGUUGUAGCAUCCGAUGUGGUAUACCUAAGGUUCUAUACAGAAUAUAUUUGGAUAGUUGAUUUCUCUCUUUAUUCUACUAUAGUUUAUAUUAUAUCCGAGGUGUACACAUGGAUAUUUCCACUAAAAGAUGAAUUUAAUUUGAGUAUGGUGUGGUGUCUCUUGGUGGUUUUAUUUUCAUUUAAAAUUCUCCUAUCUCUAACAAAACAAUACUUUACAAGCGAUGAAUCAAUUGGAGAACGGUCAACAUGCAUAGUGGCAUUUUGUGUUUUCCUUUUAAUUGCUAUGUUAGUACUGAUUGUCGAUGAAAGUAACUUGGAAGUUGGAGUUGACCCAGCCUAUGAUAGCUUCUAUGAAAAUGCAUCAAAAUUUCUGGAAAACCAAGGGUUGAACUCAGUGGGUCCAGCUUCGAAGUUGAUUCUAAAAUUAUCUCUCGCUGUGUGGGCAGCUCUUAUUGGCACAUUGUUUACUUUUCCUGGCUUAAGGGUUGCUCGAAUGCACUGGGAUUCCCUAAGAUACUACGGUGACAACAAGAUUAAAGGUCUCCUUUUGAAUUUAAACUUUGCACUGCCCUUUAUACUGACUCUGUUGUGGGUAAGGCCUAUAACUCGCCAUUAUCUGACUGUCAGAUUGUUCAGUGGAAUGGAUCAGCCUAUCAUGACCUCUGCACAAUUUGACUCAAUGCGCCUUAUUCUUUUAAUUGUGAUGGUUGUGUUGCGAAUAGUAUUAAUGCCCCAGCAACUUCAAGCAUAUCUAGAUAUGGCACAAAGAAGACUAGAUGCUCAAAAAAAAGAGGCAGGCCGAAUAAAGAAUAUUGAUCUCCAGAAAAAGGUAGCGUCAGUAUUUUACUACCUAUGUGUGGUAGCAUUACAGUAUUUAUGCCCGGUUUUAAUGUGUGGUCAUCUGGCACUAAUGUACAAAACUCUUGGUGGGAUGACCUGGUCUGGUACUGCAAAUAAUUUAGAUGAAGUGCGUGAUAUACCUACAGAGAAUAUGGAACAGUUUCAGAUGGCUUGGGAAAAUUUGAAAAUGAUAUUCACAACUGAAGUGUAUAGUGGUGUACUUGGUUUCAAUACAUGGUGGUGUUGUUUUGCAUGGUUUCUCACCACAUCUUUGGGAACCAUUGAAACUACUAAAUUAUACGCAAAAAUGGCAGCAAAAGCACCAGCGAUAGGUAUUGACUUGGGUACCACAUACUCUUGUGUGGGCGUGUUCCAGCGUGGUAAGGCGGAAAUCAUCGCUAAUGAUCAGGGCAACAGGACCACACCUUCCUAUGUUGCUUUUACCGACACCGAACGUCUCAUCGGAGACGCCGCCAAGAACCAGGUGGCCAUGAACCCUAACAACACCAUUUUCGAUGCCAAACGUCUCAUUGGGCGCAAAUUCGAUGAUCCCACGGUUCAAGCUGACAUGAAACAUUGGCCAUUUGAAGUUAUCAGUGAUGGUGGUAAACCCAAAAUUAAGGUUUCAUACAAAGGUGAAGAUAAGACCUUCUUCCCUGAAGAAGUCAGUUCAAUGGUACUUACAAAGAUGAAAGAAACAGCUGAAGCUUACCUUGGCACAACAGUGCAAAAUGCAGUAAUCACGGUUCCAGCGUACUUCAACGACUCGCAAAGACAGGCCACUAAAGAUGCAGGUACAAUCUCUGGUCUUAACGUUCUUCGAAUCAUCAAUGAACCGACUGCUGCUGCGAUUGCUUACGGUUUAGACAAAAAGAAAGGUGAAGAACGUAACGUUUUAAUUUUCGACCUCGGCGGUGGUACUUUUGAUGUAUCCGUCCUGACCAUGGAGGAUGGUAUUUUCGAAGUUAAGUCUACCGCCGGAGACACGCACUUGGGAGGAGAGGACUUUGACAACCGCAUGGUUAACCACUUUGUUCAGGAGUUCAAGCGUAAAUACAAAAAAGAUCUAACCUCUAACAAUAGAGCACUGCGUAGGUUGAGAACUGCCUGUGAAAGAGCAAAGAGAACUCUUUCGUCAUCUACUCAGGCCAGUAUUGAGAUUGACUCUCUCUUUGAGGGAAUCGACUUCUACACUUCUAUCACAAGGGCUCGUUUUGAGGAGUUAAAUGCUGACCUGUUCAGAUGUACAAUGGAGCCCGUUGAGAAGUCCCUACGUGAUGCUAGAAUGGACAAGUCACUAAUUCACGAUAUAGUACUUGUAGGAGGAUCUACUCGUAUCCCUAAAGUGCAAAAACUCCUUCAGGACUUUUUCAAUGGUAAGGAGUUAAACAAGUCCAUUAACCCUGAUGAGGCUGUUGCAAAUGGAGCCGCAGUACAGGCUGCAAUCUUGCAUGGUGAUAAGUCGGAAGAAGUGCAAGACCUGCUUCUAUUAGAUGUCACCCCUCUUUCGCUUGGUAUUGAGACUGCUGGUGGUGUCAUGACCACUUUGAUCAAACGUAACACUACUAUUCCUACAAAGCAAACUCAAACUUUUACGACCUACUCCGACAACCAACCCGGUGUACUCAUCCAAGUAUUUGAGGGUGAACGUGCAAUGACAAGAGACAACAACCUCCUAGGUAAAUUCGAACUUACUGGCAUUCCUCCAGCUCCACGUGGGGUUCCACAAAUUGAGGUUACCUUCGAUAUUGACGCCAACGGUAUUCUCAAUGUAUCUGCUGUAGAGAAAACCACUAACAAAGAGAACAAAAUCACAAUUACCAAUGACAAGGGUCGUUUGUCUAAGGAAGAAAUUGAGCGUAUGGUCAAUGAGGCUGAGAAAUACAGGAAUGAAGAUGAGAAACAAAAGGAAACUAUUCAAGCGAAGAACGCUCUUGAAUCUUACUGCUUCAACAUGAAGUCCACCAUGGAAGAUGAGAAGUUAAAGGACAAAAUCUCUGACUCUGACAAGCAAACAAUUUUGGACAAGUGCAACGACACAAUCAAAUGGCUAGAUUCCAACCAGUUGGCUGACAAGGAAGAAUAUGAACACAAGCAGAAGGAAUUAGAGGGUGUAUGCAACCCUAUUAUUACAAAGAUGUACCAAGGCGCUGGAGGUGCUCCUGGUGGCAUGCCUGGCGGUAUGCCCGGUUUCCCAGGUGGUGCUCCAGGUGCCGGUGGCGCAGCCCCUGGUGGUGCCAGUGGACCAACCAUCGAAGAAGUUGAUUAA